GGGAGGCCAUCUUCCCUAGCACGCAUUCCCAUUUUUAUGCUUUUCUUGCCGAGAUGAAAAGCUCGGUUAAUGCCCCCAACUGCUUUAGCGGACCCAACUUGCUGCAGUCGAGCUUUGGACCAAUUCCAUGUCCCGGAAGAAGGCAAGAAGGAAGCGGCUUUCAGGCUCCAUGUGAGUGGAUAGAGAUUGGCCUGUCUGCACAAAGAAAACUCUGCCAUAUAUCAUCUUGAAGAGUGGAGGAUCGAGGCCGGUACCGCCUGCGAGGAUGGCGGCCAAGUUGAAGAUGUUCCGGAACGCCGGCCAGUCCCAAAGAUUCCGGUUCGUGGUGCUCGUCAUAGGGUGCUUUCUGGUCUCCAUGACCUUCAUAGUGGUGUCGAGGCCUCUCGUUUUUCCUUCCCUCAGUUCAAGGUUGCGUCCGAAGAAAUCAGAUGUGGAGCCAAAGAAAGCAGAGGACUCUUCACCUUAUUCGGCCCCCUUCAUGCGAGAAGAUGAGCAAAUUACUCAGCACUCAGAACACCGGAAGAAAGAGGAAAAUAGAGGUUUAGCUGAAAAGAAUGCAGAGGAGAAUCUCCAGGUCAAAAAUAACGGCGCCGUUGCUGAUCCAAUCGAGGAAGACAAGACGGACAUCGAUGAAGUACUGGAGAGCACAAGUGAGACGGAGGAGGACAGGACCAAGAACGAUGGGAGCUCCGACCGAGACGAACCGCACAAUCGAAUGACGCUGCCGACGGUUUCCAAUUACACCAUCAACGAUAAUGUUCAGGUGGAAAACAAGACCGCUCCCGACCAACCGGUCCAGGAAAUCAAGGAUGUGGAGAAGAAGCUGUCGUGUGAGUUUUCGGACCCUCGAGUGGAUAUCUGCGAGAUGUCCGGCGACAUCAGAAUCCCUGGGAAUUCUUCGGAUGUCAUCUUCGUGGAAUCUCCGGGGAGAAAUGAGGUGUUCCGCUUUCGUCCAUACGCUCGCAAGGGGGACGAAGCCGCAUCCAGUCGCGUCCGGGAGUUGGCCGUGAAAUAUAGCACUGCAGCACCUGAAUGCACCGUCAACCACGACGUCCCUGCGAUCGUUUUCUCGGCCGGCGGCUACACCGGCAACCUCUUCCACGAUUUCACCGACGUGCUCAUCCCGCUCUUCCUAACCUCGCGUCCGUUCGACGGCGAGGUUCAGUUCGUCGUUAGCGACAUGAAUCCCUGGUGGAUCUACAAGUACCUCCUCGUGUUUAAGCAGCUCUCCAAGUACCCGGUGAUCGAUUUCGACAAGGACAAGGGCGUGCAUUGUUUCAGCAGGGUGAUCGUGGGUCUUCGAGCUCACAAGGAGCUAAGCAUCGAUCCCGCUAGAGCUCCCAAUGGCUAUUCCAUGGUUGACUUCGGCAAGUUCAUCAGGAACACCUUCUCGUUGGAGAGGGAAACGAUGUCCAACAUCGAAGAUCUCGCCGGAAAGCGGCCGCGGAUACUGAUCAUUGCAAGGAAGCAAUCGCGGGCGUUCGUGAAUCUCUCCGAGAUAAUUCGGCUGGCGGAGCAGUUGGGCUUCGAAGCGGUCAUCAAUGAUGGAGAGGCGGGAGGCGACGUAGCUCAGCUUGCAAGGCUGGUGAACUCGGUGGACGUGAUGGUCGGAGUGCAUGGAUCCGGGCUCACCAGUUUGGUGUUCCUGCCGCCCAAUGCAACCAUCAUACAGGUCGUGCCAUGGGGAGGCUUGGAAUGGAUAUCUACGCUGGAUUUUGGAGAUCCAGCCAAGGAUAUGGGGCUGAACUAUGUGCAGUACAGUAUAAGCAUCAAGGAGAGCACUCUGAGAAAGCAGUACCCGAAGAACCACCCCGUGUUCAAGGAUCCCCUCUCCUUCCACAAGCAAGGAGCUGAUGUCGUGAGGUCUACAUUCAUGGAUAAACAGAACGUGAAGCUUGAUACCAAAAAGUUCAAGAAUGUCCUGUGGAAAGCACUCGAGCAUAUCAUCCAAUAGCAGAAUUGGAGGGGAACUCCAUGUUCUAAUUCUUUUCUUUCAUCAACUCGUCUUCUUUGCCAUGAUCCAGAGUGGUUUUUCAGAAACUUUUUGUAACUAAAAUCGAGUUGCUCUGCUCACACAGAUUCAAACAUUUUACAGAGAUUACGUUGUGUUGUUGUCGA